UCUACUCAUUCCUACAAACACGCAGGUACCGCACGGACCUAAUACUCUAAAAUCUCAACCGUAAAAAAAAAACAAAACAAAAAAUGAAAAUGUACUCAGUAGUCGGCAACAAGAAGAAAGUGACGAUGACGAUCAACGUCUCGAAACUGAAGAUUGUCGGCAACAACUGCAUAGUGCGGGUGACGUCCAACCAGGGCGACAUCGAGGUGAUCGGCAACGACUGCCGAGUGGAGGUGGACGACAACUACGGAUCCAUCAGCCUGGUCGGAGGCAACGGCCUGGUCACCGUCUGCAAGCGCUGGCGGGGCGACCGCGUCCACGUCAUCGGUCAAACCAGCCAUCUCAUCGUCGACGGGAAGAAGACCUCAAACUCUUACGAAGCUCAACUGUCGCCGUUCAGCAAGGACCUCGAUGACGUCAUCGAGUCCAUCUUCAGCUUCGGAUUCGUGAUGCGGUGAAGAGCGGAAGUGAUAAAGUGGAACUUUAUUCAGCUAAUAGCUUCUUCUGAGAAGGAUCGAAGCGUUUGUUUUGUGAAACGCUGUUUUCGGAGUGUUU